UGCUCAAGUGUUGCAUGCUGAAGAGUCCCGACGCUCCGUGAGAGAGCUCUGACCCCGGUGGGAUGAAGGCUCGAUCUGCCAGUGGAAACGAGGGGAAAUGAAGAUGAAGAUCAGACUGUGCCAAGGGGUUAGUGGCAUCAUCAUCAUCACCAUGGUUACCAGCUUUAUGCUGGUGUACAACAGCAGCUCUGGUGACAGACCAUCUUCAUCGUCAGGCUCAUCAUCAACCUCCCGCCUUUUAAAUGCUCCCGUUUCAUCAACAAGAAAGCCGGAGAGAUCACGGAGGCUCCAAACAUCAAUGCUUGAGGGGUACACAGGUGUCAUGGAUCAUAAGUCUCUGAAGAUGCGCUGCAGGACUUGCGCCCUGGUGACCAGCUCCGGUCAGUUGACUGGGAGCAAAAGGGGUGAAGAAAUCGAUCGCUCCGAGUGCAUCAUCCGUAUGAAUGACGCUCCCAGCGUAGGCCACCAGCAGGACGUUGGCCAGCGCACCAGCCUGCGUGUCAUAGCUCACUCCAGCCUGCAGAGGGUGCUACGGAGCCGACAGGAGCUGCUCAAUGCCAGCCAAGACACAGUGUUCAUCUUCUGGGGACCAAGCAGCUGCAUGAGACAGGAUGGAAAAGGCCACGUUUACAACAAUCUAAGGGUGUUAAACCAGCUACUGCCCAAACUGAAGGUCUACACUAUUUCUCGGAUCAAGAUGCUCAAGUUUGACGAACUAUUUAAAAAGGAGACAGGGAUUGACAGGAAGAGUUCCAACUCCUGGCUGAGUACUGGCUGGUUCACCAUGGCCAUAGCCCUGGAGCUGUGUGAUAGGAUCAACGUGUAUGGCAUGGUGCCCCCUGAUUUCUGCAGGUCCUCCUCCCAUCCCUCCAUGCCGUACCAUUACUAUGAGCCCUCGGGGCCCGACGAGUGCUCCAUGUACCUCUUCCACGAGAAGCCGACGGGAAGUCACCACCGCUUCAUCACGGAGAAGACGGUGUUUGCAAACUGGGCUCGUACCUUCAACAUUCACUUUUACCAGCCAGACUGGAAGCCCGCUGCCGUCAUUGCCGGCCUGAACAGCUCGUUUGCUCCAGCUCCAGCUGGAUCCUGAGACACACUCCAGAGAUGCUCCCCAGAAGUGUGGGAUAUGUGUGUGGACAGUUUCCAGCAUGCAGUUUCCCUCUCUGGCCAAUACGAAUGCAUGAGACAGCAAUAGGACAGAGCGAGCUGCUGUUGCGGCUCUUAGCCGACUGCCUAAGCAGCUUGGCAGAAUGGGAUCAUUGCAUAACAGCAGCACAAAGCCUCAACAAUGUUUUGGAAGUGUAACUAUAAUAGGAUGAAUUUCAUACUGGAAUCAAAGCCAUGGAGGUUGGCUCGAGUAUGUUUUUUUGACAGAGACGGGACAGACGAUGAGACAGUACACCACUGCAUUAACUGGACUAUGACUGAUCCAUUUUCAUGAAUUAAAACUGAACGCAGAUUCGUUUAGGACUAUGAGGUCAUGUCCUCUAUAUUGUUUCUGGGAUUGUGGGGUUUUAAUGACCUGAGAAGGAAUUUAUAUUCAGCAGUUACACGCAAAUAAUACACUGUGCUAAUUGUGAUACUUUUAGAGUCGCUAUCUUUGUUUGUUUUUUCUAACCCUUAAGUUAUACAUUUAUCUCUUUUCAACAAGACCAUAUGAAUAAUAAGACAACAACAGUACAGCAUACAGUCUUUCCAUAAAUGUCAGUGACAGAACAAGUCUAUGAUAUUGCGAUAAGGAAUAUCAUAGACUUGGGAAUCAAAAGAAAAAACUAAUAGAGCUAAAACAAUAGAAACAAACAAAAAAGGAGUGGGAUGGGAGGAAUAUUGUUUACUGAUAUAUGUACAGAAUAUGUUGGAAGCUCUUAGAGGGGAAGACAUAAUCAAUGUCAAUGAAGGGAAAUCAGAUUUGCUCCUAUCUUUUUUAAGUGAUCCAUUUAAAGUGAGUCUCAGUUUCUCAAUUUGAAGACUCUUCCUAACCUAACUGAUCCACCGCAUACGAUGAUGGAGGGCAGGCAGCCUUCCAAGCUAACAAUGAAGCAAACGGUAUAGCCAGAUAUAGCCAUAAAUGGAUUUGGGGUCUACUGGUUUGUUAAGGGCCGCAACUACAGAUUUUUUUUGAUUAUCGAAAAAAAGGUCCCAACCUAAAGAUACUCAGUGCAAUAAUAUAAAACAGAGAAAACAACAGAUUGUCACAUUGGAGAAGCAGGAACCAGUGUCUGUUCAGUGUAUGCAUUUUUUCUUGAUAAACGACUUAAACAAAUAUAUCAGUUCUCAAAAUUGUUGCUGAUUAAUUUUAUAUUGAUCAACUUAUCGAUUAAACGAUUGUUUCAGAAAACGUAAUAAAUCUUAAAAAUUUAAUAAAUAUUACAGUCCAUUAAAAUUAAUAAAGAAAUGUAUGACCAGAACAUAUGACCCAUUGUUGCUGAUGACUUAUGACAUCUAGGGCAGCUGGAAUUUUUGGACUUCUUUUUAGUAAAAUAGAUACACUCUAUUUAAAUGUCUAUACAAAAUAGUAAUCAAUAUUAGAAUUAAAUUAAAGGAAUGUAGUAUUUGUGCACCAGAUUUACAUUCCUGCAAAAGACUUUAAACAGCAUUUAGACCAUCAUCUCAAGAGAUAAAUUAUACAAAAUAUGUAAUUGAACAGUUAAAUUAAAAAAUAAAGUGUGAAAAUUUGAUUAGUCAAAACAUUCUCAAAAGGAUCGGGUCAUUUCAACUCUUGACGUCAGUAUUUCUAAAAUCCUCGCAGAAGCCCUACCCGGACGUAAUGUGCAUCUUGGCUGAUUUGUUUCUAUUUGGUAAAAUAACAAUUGAAGUGAUGACUUGAGCCAGGUCAAAAAUACAUCUGGCAACUUUAGAAAUUAAAAAUGAUUUUAAAAAUGGGAAUCUUUAAACCACAACUAGAUAUUUUAGCAGAAAUAAUAUUCUUGAACCUCUCUAGCUCAGAGCAGAUGGCCCCUCAGACGGGCCCUGCCAGCCAUGUGGCUGACACUUGAGGCCAUGAUUUGUCCUGUUAUUAAAGCCAAAUGCCAGAACAAGCCCUCAAAGGCAUUUCUCCUGACUACAGAGCAAGUCAGCUACUGUAACACUGAAACAACGGAUUAGAUCAAAGUGUCCCAAAAGUGCAGCCUUUUCAAUCCUGACCCGCAGGCUUCUGUUGCCUCUUCAGCCUGUAGAGGGGAGCCGGUUGUUAGCAAGGGAUUAUACUGUGCUAUCCGACCGCAUCUACAGGGUGAGGGUAGCAGCGAGACUGCUGCAGAAUCCAAGAUGUGCCGUUGCAAAAGAAGGAAUUCACUGCUGCCUGUUCCUCUGUUAAUUCAGGUUUUGCCACCUGAGCCUGCACUCAGGUGGAAUCCUAAUGCUGUAAGGCUCUCAGGUACUCUGAGAAAAGCCCAUGCAGUGCUGGAGUGUCAUGCUAAGUGGACUGGCUGCUCCUCAGAUCUGUGCUGUGUGCUCUGCACACCAAGUACUGGCCCUUCAGGUAGAAAGGUUGGACUUUAGAGGCUUCAAAGGACAAGCUUGCUGAAAAUGAGCCUGUUGUCGCAAUCCUAAACACCUGCUUGAGGCAACAUCAUGAUUUUCAUUGACCUUGGAAACAUCAAGAGACAAUAAGGACACUGAAGUGCUUGGAGCCCAAAGGGUGCUACAGGCAUUGCUGUUUGAAUUGAGAUCUAUACAUUUAGGGCUAUUUCUUGGCUGGGUGCAGUAACUUUGUGGAGUCCCUCUGAUGUCGUGGCGACAGGGCCCCAGGAAACAAACAAAGAAGAUAAAAUGUGUGUAUUAAUGAGCUUAAGAGGUGCUGGUAGGCAGAUUCCGUUACCUUCAGACAGGGCCAGGCUCGCUGUUUCCCCUUGUUUCUAGUCAUUAAACCAAGUUAAGCUAUGUAUCAUACAGAUGUGAGAAUGCCAGCGAUCGUCUCUCUUCCCAAGAGAGCAAAGAAGCAUAUUUCCCAAAAUGUUGAACUGUUCCUUUAAGCUGCUCUGGAUUCAGUCCCUACAAAACUCUCUGUGAGCCCUUUGAUGUUUUAGAAAAUAUCCAAGAUAUUACAGUGUAAUGAUAAAAUUCACCUUUGGAUUCAGUAUCAAACAGUGGUAUCAUGGUUCAGCGUGUUUCUGUACAAAAAUAAGUAGAAUGUACUUUACAUUUCCAUUUUCAAAUGAUUAUAACAUUUAACAUGAAUCAUUAAUGUCAAAGUAUAUUUGAGACUUCUAAAUGAAACUAUUGAGUUUUGCCAGAUCCCUUUUUAAGUGAUUAAUUAGCAGUGUAUUAUAGAUGAAAAAACUAAAUCAGUAUUCGUACUAUAACAAGAGCGAUCACGUGUGAUAACAAAAACAGGGCAAAGCAUCUGCAGAAAAGCAGUUUUUAUAUUGUUUUUUUCUCUGGAUUUUCACCAAAAUGUGUGGUGAAUUGUUUAGUACAACACUGUAUUGAGGUAGAGUCUGUACUGAAAAGGACUACAGUAUAUGAUAAGACAUGAUUUACUGUUUUACGCUAUUUAUAUAACUCUCCUUAUCUGGAAAAACUUUGGCUUGCAUGUAGUGAUAUUUAAAUGCAGGCUUACAGGAAAUUUAGUUAUGAUUCCUCUUAAACAUAAAAAUAAACAGUGUGAGACAUGAUAAAUCCUUGUAUUUUUCUUUAAGAAUAAAUCUCGACCUAAUCUCCUAAUUCUUAUUUUCCAUUACUGAUGUUCCAGUCUCACUUGGCUGUGACAUCUGCUCAAAUAGGGGAGCAGGAUAAACUCCCACUUUGAUCUCCUGUGCAGUAAUUUCCAUUUUGACAAAUAUCACAUAUACUGUAGCCACAUACCUGCUGCUGAUAAGCACAGAGUCUGAAGCUGCCUGACUUACACAUCUGCCCUGCUCACGAUAGCUGAGCUUUAUCAGCACGCCUGCAAAAAUACCAUCAUCCUAUAGAGCCAAAAUGUUUUAGAGAUAAGAGCACAUGAAUGAGUUCUCUCGGAUUCAUAACAAAUCACCAGGUCUCAUCAUCUCCAACUUUUACAAAGUCCAGUCUUUUUUACUGCCAGGAUCCAUUAAACUGAACCUUUUUUUUAUGGUCAUGUAAUUACAGGACUGUGUGUUGUGAGUCUUCACUGACACCUGGUGGCCUCACCUGGACUCAGCACUUUCUGUUCAGGCUUCACAACCGCAAACCACUGAAAAAAACCUGUCUUUGAUAACAUUUGUUAUGUAUGUAAUACAGACGUUGCUAUAGAAGUGUAACACAAGGUAGAGGCAUAGCAGUUUGAUAGUGUGUAGUAGUGUAACGUGUAAAAAAUGAAAUCACAUUAAAGUCUGAAAGUUGAUGAGAAAAGAGCAAAAUAAAACACUGUGUUUGGUAUAUAAGCAGACUGGAUGGUGCAUGGCCGUCUUUUGGCCUCAAGGGCUUAAUAGCUCUGCUGCUUUUUUUCUCCUAUAUUCAUAAGGUGAUUUCUGCUUUUAUUUAUCAGUCACAUGGCCUUUUGUAAAAUCACUACCAGUGACGCAGUGACAAUAGCAAGUCCUUUAAUGCUUGCUACAGCUUAAUCAAAUCAAAUUCUAAUUAAAUUUAAUUAAACACCACUGUUUGACAUUAG